ACUCGUGUGGUAGAGAGGAGUCGGUACUCACUCAGCAGUAUCUUCGAAAGGAAGCUCACCUAGCCACACUCUACGUACGUACUGCCUCGCUGAAACCCUGACCCGAUGGCACGGUGCUCGCGCGCUUGGCUCACGCUGCUUCUUGUCGCAUGCUGUGCCCUUGUGCAGAGCUCAUACGGCUCGAGGCCACCUCCCCGCGAGCCGCAGAUGGCCGGGGUCCUGUCUCCGACGAUGGUUCACAGCGCCGCCGAACCGCUCCACGACGACGGGACGACCGAAGUCCGGCUCUCGAUGGAGGAGGGUCCGACUGGUCAUCCUGGAGCAAACACUGUUGAUGAUGACGGUGGUACCUUUGCAACUUUGGCGAUGGGUGGCGGUGGCGUUGUGUCGUCGGAGCAGAGGAAGGGUUCAGGGGCACCGGUACUGCAGCAGGCGCUGGGAAGGACGCUCGGCUCGAAGCUGGCGCGCCGGGUCCUGGGAGGGGAGGCGGAGGACUCGGCGGCCGGGCCGUCGUGCCACUCCAACAACGCGCACAUCACCUGUGCCCCGCCGGCGCAGCGCUGACCGUGACCGGGGUGCUUCUUGCAGUAGUCCGGGAGCUAGCUAGUUCCAGCUGAUUCCUCCGUCCCUUCUUUGUAAAAUUAACAGUAGCUCUUUCGAUCUUGUUCUUCCAAAAAUGUGAACCUUUAUUUCGUUAGUGAUGUUAUCUGAUACUA